GCCCGGUGAGCAGGCUGGGAUUGUUGGAGGGACGGAGGGAGGGCGGAGUCUCGCCUCCAUUGUCUGCGUUUCUGCAGCCGGACGGCCCGGCCCGGCCCGUUUCCUUCGCCUUUCUCUCUCUCCGUCCCUCUCGUCUCCUCUGCGCCGCCUCCCCUCCCUCCCUCCGUCUUCUCUCUGUUCCCCCACCCCGUCCCUCCUGCACUCUCUGCCCCGUCUCCGUGCCUUGCCCCUCUCCGCCCCUCCCUGCACAUCGAUGGCAGCCAGCAAGACGUUCGGCCUGAAGCCGGUGAAGUUCCAACUGCAGGAAGGAGACGACUGGUUCAUGAUCGGCUCCGAGGUUGGAAACUUCCUCCGCAUGUUCCGGGGCUCUCUGUACAAGAAGUACCCGUCCCUCUGGAGGCGCCUGGCCACCGUCGAGGAGAGGAAGAGGAUUGUUGCCUCGUCUCACGAUCACGGAUACACGACACUUGCCACCAACGUAACUCUCCUUCGAGCGUCAGAGGUGGAAGAAAUCCUCGAAGGAAACGAUGACAAAUACAAGGCCAUCUCCAUCAGCACCGAGCCACCAACCUACUUACGCGAACCAAAAUCUAAGAGAAACAAUCAGUGGGUUCCGACCUUGCCGAACAGCUCUCACCACUUGGACGCGGUGCCAUGUUCCACCUCCAUUAACAGGAACCGCAUGGGCCGAGACAAGAAGAGAGCUUUCCCCCUCUGCUUCGACGACCACGACCCAGCGGUCAUCCAUGAGAACGCCGCCCAGCCCGAGCUCCUCGUCCCGAUCCGGCUGGACAUGGAGAUCGACGGGCAGAAGCUGCGCGACACCUUCACCUGGAACAUGAACGAGAAGCUGAUCUCGCCAGAGAUGUUCGCCGAGAUCCUCUGCGACGACCUGGACCUGAACCCACUGAACUUCGUCCCCGCCGUGGCGUCCGCCAUCAGGCAGCAGGUGGAGUCCUACCCCAUGGACAGUAUCCUGGAGGAGCAGACAGACCAGAGGGUCAUCAUUAAGGUGAGGCCGUCCCGGACAGAACG